AUGUCGACCCCAACCAACCUCAGCGUCGAGAGCGAUCUUGAUGAGCUGCCGUGCUCAUGUUGUUUGGGUUCAUUUCCUCCAGAAGAAGUGCACAAGCUGCCCUGUUGGGACAUCUACUGCAACGACUGCGCACGCGAAUUGUUCACAACGUCCUUCCAGACCGAAGGAAAAUUCCCACCUCGCUGUUGCGGCCAGCCUAUCAACCUCACGCCGCAACUAUUUUCCAUGCUCGGCAAGGAUAUCUGGUCUGUAUACAUCGCAAAGCGCACCGAGUUCAAGACUGGCAGGCGCAUUUACUGCAGCAAUGUCGACUGCGGAUCGUUCAUCCCCGACGACUUUAAAUUUACCGGCUUUGCCGUCUGCAGAGACUGCGAUUCUUUGACCUGCACCGAGUGCAGAAACCCGUGCCACGAAGGAGACUGUUCCCUCUACGACGAUUCAGCCGAGUUGAAAGAACUAGCUAAGAAAGAAGGCUGGGCCGAGUGCUAUGAGUGUGGCCGCAUGAUCGAGAAAGUAGAGGGCUGUGAUCGCAUCGAGUGUGCUUGCGGAAUGAGCAUUUGCUACACGUGCAAGAAUGCGAUAGGGAAGUGCACUUGUGAACCAGACCAUCGCCCCUUACCUCGUGGCCGACCGCUCCAAGACCUUGGAGGAUUCGACAGACAAGAGCACCAGGAUCGAGCUGCCCGACGACAAUUGCUGAAAGGGCUAGGACGAGGAGAGUCCGCACAGAGUAACGAAGAAGACGAUGAAGAAGAUGAUACGGUUCCUUCGAGUCCCCCGGUUCUCAUGGCUCCCUCUGCCACAACUGAUCAACCAACUCCGCCAUUCCGACGUCAUAGGCAGCCCGCGCAUGGUUGUAAUCACCACUCGAAGAAAGUUCCGGUCAAUUACACGAAGAUAUGCCCACGAUGUCAACACCUUACCUCUUCGUCUAUCAUGCAGUGUAAAGGAUGCGAUCUCCUUGCUUGUUGGAAGUGCUUCAAAUUUAUCCGGCGUGAUCAGAAGCAUUAA